UUCUUCGCCCACAGCCACAGGUGGCGGCGGCUGGGGUGAAGGUGGCGUGGGAGAGGCGGUGCGGGUCUAUGGUGGGACUUGCCUCCUCCGGAAUUCCCCGCUCCCUGGGCCUUGGGUGCGCCGAGGGGAUGGGGAUAGAGCUCUGGCGGCGUCUGCUGCUCUCCUUCUCGGUGUUAUUUGUGCUGCUGCCUGGAGCCCCGGGCUUUAUUUCCUCUCUGGACAGCGACUUUACUUUCACUCUGCCCGCCGGCCGGAAGGAGUGCUUUUUCCAGCCCAUGCAUAACGAGGCCUCCCUGGAGAUCGAAUACCAGGUUUUAGAUGGCGCAGGAUUAGAUGUUGAUUUUUACCUGAUAUCACCAAAAGGCGAAACUCUUGUUUUUGAACAGAGGAAAUCAGAUGGAGUCCACACAGUGGAGACAGUUGAUGGUGACUACAUGUUCUGCUUUGACAACACAUUCAGCACCAUUUCAGAGAAGGUGAUUUUCUUUGAACUGAUUUUAGAUAAUGCAGGAGAAGAAGAUCAAGAAGACUGGAAGAAGUAUGUUACUGGCACAGAUCUUCUGGAUAUGAAACUAGAAGAUAUUUUGGAAUCUGUCAACAGUGUGAAGUCUAGGCUAAGCAAAAGCAUUCAUAUCCAGACCCUCCUGAAAGCAUUUGAAGCUCGUGAUAGAAACAUACAAGAAAGCAACUUCGAUAGGGUAAACUUCUGGUCCAUGGUCAACCUGGCAAUAAUGGUUAUAGUGUCUGCUGUUCAGGUUUACAUGCUGAAAAGUCUCUUUGAAGAUAAAACGAAAACUAGAACUUAACAGCCUUGUGUGAUAAGAGCAAUAAACAGAGAAAAUGCAAUACACUGCUACAGAAAAGCCAAUGAGUGUUAUUUCCAGUUUGUUUUGAACAGGUGAUACUUAGGUUUCACAAAUGACUCUUCAAUGUGGACAAAAUGCCUUUCUUUUCUCUAUCAACAUAAUUGCAAUAGGUCAGUUUUCAGGUUUGUUUCAUAAGUUUAAUAAUUGUAAGAAUCUCCUAUGCCAUCUGUAUUGCACAAAAUAAAGAUUUUUUAGUAUUUGCUAUACCUGUAAAUAUAUAAUGUCUUAAUCUGUCAGCCUAGCUACAAGUUUUUUAAAUGUGGCAAAUCUGGAUAUAUGAAAUUAUGAACUGUGUAUUCAGUAUUUGAGUCUGCUUGACUUGGGAAACUCAGGUAAAAGAAAAUCUGCUGUAGGUGAACUAUGCUGUUAUUCUGGCAACAAGUUUCAGUGGGCAUCAGUAGACACUCUUGUGGCUCAACUGUACUAAAAAGAAAUUCAAUAGACAGGGGUAUCUAAAAAUUUCCAGAUCCUAGGAAUUUUUUGACUGUAUAUGAAUGAAGUAGCUGUUUUAACUUCACUUUCAUGUUCAAUUACAGUGUAAUAUUAUAAGGUUGGGCUCCUUAUAAGGGUUAAAGCAGGAUGUCAUUAGUGCAAAAUCAACCACUAGAGUCCUGACUGGGAUUGUUGAGCUAAUAUGCCAAAUUGGUAUUUUUCUUGCAAUGGAUUCUUACAAGACUUCAGAAUUGGUCUGAAGGUGAAACACAGUGAGAUAUUUGAACACAAGCAGUGAAUACUCUAUGUGAAGCUACAAUGAGGCAAAUAAUGCCCCUGUGCUGUGGGUCUUGAGCUGAAUUUGUUUCAGGUGUGAAUGCAAACUUCACUUCCCUCUAGUCACAUCUGGCAGUGACACAAUCAGAAGCUGGUCUGGGAACCCAAACCCUGAAAUGUGGCCAAAUGUCCCAUCCAGUUUGGCACUUUAAAACUAGUGUAGGAAGGUAUACAUUUGAUAUGGCCAUACUUUUUAGUUGUGAAAUAAAAACAAUUUUACUGUGUUGCACAUUGGUAAUUUAACUCAAUAAGUGCCUGGGCAGACUUCAGCAAUCUACUUUUAGUCAUUGUUAGUAGUCUCAGUUGGGGGGACAACUUUAGUCUUCCUUCUCCAGUAGUCUUCCGUAUUGAUUAGCAGGAAACUCUGUUUCAGUAACCAAAUGCCAUCUCUGUAGUAUGUUUAAACCAGCAUCACUAUCUCUUCCUUAACUAUUCACAAGGAAUGCCUGGAGAACUGUAGUCCUAAAGCCCAAACUAGCUGUGACUAAGAUAAGCAUGUAUUGCUUUUCACA